AUGAGUAUCCUGGCAAAUCUGGAAUUGAACUUUGCUGAAUGUAUCCUAGAUGGAGGAAAGGCCACCCUAGGGGUCAGACAAAGGGCGGGGAUGGACCCCGCACACCGGAUGAGACAGGAUGAGGCCAUCUCGCAAGCAGUGUGUGCUCUGCUGAAUUCCGGUGGGGGAGUGGUCAGGGUUGAGAUUGAGAACGAAGACUAUAAUUAUGAGAGCGAUGGAGUGGGCCUGGAUCUGCCGCCAUUGUUCAGAAACCAUAUAGAUGAGAUGUUGCAGGGAAAGCUCUUUUUAAUAUUUGUGAAUUCGUGGGAGGUGGCACCCUCAGGAGUGCAGCUCGCCACCUUGUGUUCCAAUUUGUACCACAGACGUGGAACAUUUACUGAGGUCAUGGAUUCUCUAGAAGCCCUACUAUUCCUCAGAAGAAGGAUCCAGGCUCUCGAGAAUGUUGAUGAUCCCAGCUCAUUAAAUCCACAGGAGGCUCCAGUUGAUAAUCAGAUGAUCUUAGCUGCUGAUUUAUUCGGCAAACAGCAGCAGCUUCUGUACCUGGAAAAACUCAACUUUACGGAGUCCCCACACGUUGAAUUUCAAAUGUUCUCCGUAGACCUUACCCAGGGCAUUAAAGAGAAACUCCCCAAGUGUGUUUCUGCACUUGCCAAUUCUGAAGGAGGAUAUGUAUUUUUUGGUGUGCAUGACGAGACCUGUCAAGUCAUUGGAUGCGAAAAGGAAAAAGUAAAUCAUUCCAGCUUGUUGAAUGUCAUCGACCGCUGUAUCAGGAGCAUGCCUGUCCAUCACUUCUGUUCACAAGUCCAUAAAGUGCAACAUGACUGCAAAUUCCUGGAAGUGUAUGAUAAGGGGGCCGUCCGUGGGUAUGUCUGUGUGAUCAAGGUGGAACAAUUCUGCUGUGCAGCAUUUUCCAGAGCACCUGACUCCUGGGAGAUGAAGGACAAUCAGAUGAAGCAGCUAGCCACAAAGGACUGGGCAGCGUGGAUGAUAAAGACCGACACAGAGCUUUCCCGUUUUCCUCAGAUGAUCAUCUCGAGGAGUGUUACAGACACCACACCCCGAUGCAGGACUGUGUGCAUACAUAAGAAUUUGAAGUGUGUGGAAGAAUUGCAGAAGGAUUUCUUCCCAGUGUCACCUGACAGGAUUACAUAUACUCCGGAAAGUGUCUACAGGGACCUCUUCUCGGAUCACAGAGGACUAAGAAACUUAAUAAGUAUGGAAAUGCGCUCUUUCUCUCAAGGGGUAUUGAUUUUCUCCCACAGCUGGGCUGUGGAUCUUGGUCUUCAAAGGAGGCGGGGUGUCAUCUGCGAUGCUCUUCUAAUUUCCCCAAACAAUGUUCCAAUCCUGUACACCAUUUGCAACAAGUGGGAUCUGGGGUACAGGUGGUAUGCUAUGACAGUCGCCCGUACCCUGAAGCAGAGGCUGGCGAACAUGGGUGGAUACCCUGGGAGAUUAGGCAUCAUUCCCUUGGUCUUGCAGCUGGGUCCUCAUCACACAGUAAGGGCCGGUUUAGAAAUACCCAUCUACCCCGAAUCCUAUAACUUCACAACCAUGCAGCAGAUGGAAGUUCUGUUGCAAUCCCUUGUGAUCGUCUUGUUUGGGUUCAGAUCCUUCUUAAACGAAGAGUUAAACUCUGAGGCGGUGACCCUAUUCACAGACCAACAGUAUCAGUUGCUUUUAAAGGAUCUUUGCAAGAACAGAGAGCUGUUUGUUCAUGGUUCACCUGGAUCAGGGAAGACCACUCUGGCUCUCAAGAUCAUGGAGAAGAUUAGGAAUGUGUUCAGCUGCCAAGCUGAAGACAUUCUCUACAUCUGUGAGAACCAUGCUUUGAAGAGGUUUGUGAGCCAGAGAAACAUCUGCCAGGCAGUGUCACGGAAAUACUUCAUGAAAAAUACCUUUUUUACCAUCAAACACAUCGUCGUGGAUGAUGCUCAGAAUUUCCGAACUGAAGAUGGGAACUGGUAUGCAAAGGCAAACUCCAUCAUCCAGAGAGGCAGAGACGGUCCAGGAGUUCUCUGUGUGUUUCUGGAUUACUUUCAGACCAACCACUUGUGUUGCAGUGGCCUCCCUGACCUUCAGCACCAAAGGUUUAUAUUGAAGCUCACCAGGAUGCUCCGGAGCGGAGACAACAUAGCCAACUACCUACAAGAAAUAAUGCAACAAAUCAGAAGAAAUCCUCCCCCAAAUGUCCCCUCAGAGGCCCUGACAAUGGUUCAAGAACUUGAAAGGGUUCCAGGUGUCACAGGCAAUUUAGAGAUAACUGAUGCCUUGAGUUUGGAACAGAUGGCAAUCUUUGUAGCAGAGAAGUGCCGGUAUCUCUGGAGGUCUGGGUAUUAUCCCAGGGAUGUUGCUGUUCUUUUCAGCAAAGCCAGAGAUAUAGAAACAUAUAAAGAAAAGAUUAUCCUAGCAUUGAGAAGGAGGAACAUGUCUCAGCUCAUCGAGGAACCCAGUUCACUAAUGCAGGUCAGGGAAGAGUCGGAAUUUCUGGGUAAUAACAUCCUGUUGACUAGUGUUCAGCAAUUUUCAGGAAUGGAAAGAAGCGUAGUGUUUGGGAUCAUUCCAGCGGAAUUCGAGACAGCCAUUUUCUACAAUGUUCUGCUCUGUCUGGCUUCCAGGGCAAGAACCCAUCUUUAUAUUAUAAAGCUUUUGCUUUGAUAGGGAGAUACCAGUUUUCAAUUAGGCAGGGUUGGUCUCUAGAUGACUUUGAAACUCUUUGAUCUAAACAUCUAAACACCAAAACAUCUAAUGUAUAGUCAUCUACUAAAUCAGCUACUCUCCUUGAUGCCUGGGGUAAGUACAAGUGUGAAGAAUUCAGGUAAUAGUAAGAGAUACCAGGGUAAUUAGCUGGCAUCAAGAUUCUCUCUCUCUCUCUCUCUCUCUCUCUCUCUCUCUCUCUCUGUCUCUCUCUGUCUCUCUCUCUGUGUGUGU